GAGAAUCGAUAAUUCAGAGUAUUAUAAGUUUAUAACGAUAUUUUGGAAAAUAUAUAAAAAAAUUUCACCCAACUUUAAACUGGUCAGCUUGUGGGAGUUCAUUUCUGAGAUUUAUGUGUCUUUGAGCAGACAUUUCUGGGUUAAACUGAAAUUUGGUUGUUCCUAUCUGUUAAAAACGGACACUUGCUCCUUGGUUUUUGUCUUUUUCCUCACUAGCUGUUCAAUUUUGAGCUUCAAGGGUUUGUCGAGUUUGAUCUACUUUCCGUGUGAUCUAGCUCUUUUCUCAGCUGGGUCAUCCUUUUUUCCACCAAAUUUAGUUGGGUUUUGAGGAAAGUUUGGAAAUUUCAGAGCUUUUUGGUGAUUUUUUAUAUGGGUUGUGUGGAGGGCUAGAGACAGUUUUUGACUGGUUUUGUUGUGGGGGUGGGAGGGUUGGUGGUUGGGUUUUUUUAUGGUAUCUGGAUUUCAUUCUUUAGGGUUUGUGAAAGAUGGGUUUGGGAGCUGAGAAUGGUAAAGUGGAGUCUUGGAGCAUGUGCAAAUCGAAGGUGAGGAAGAAGAAGAAGAAAGAUGAUGAUGAUGAUGUGGAGGAAGAGGAGAGUGGGUGUUGGGUUAGGCUGAGGUUCUUUGGGAGCUGCAUUUCUUCAAGAUCCAAAGUUGAUAGCUCAAUCAGUGGAACCAGUACUCACUGUGAAACUAAAUCUACAAAUGAUACAAGCAGAGACCAACCAACAGCUACUGUAGUCUCUUCCUCAACCACUAGUAACACAGAAAGUAAUGCAUCCACUUCCAAACUUGAAGAGGAACUUAAAGUUGCUUCGCGGUUACGAAAAUUCACAUUUAAUGAUCUUAAAUUGGCAACAAGGAAUUUCAGACCUGAAAGUCUUCUUGGUGAAGGUGGUUUUGGUUGUGUGUUCAAGGGGUGGAUAGAAGAAAAUGGAACUGCUCCAGUAAAACCUGGCACAGGGCUUACUGUUGCAGUUAAAACUCUUAACCAUGAUGGGCUUCAGGGUCAUAAAGAAUGGCUGGCUGAAGUAAAUUUCCUUGGUGACCUUGUCCAUCCAAACUUAGUUAAACUUAUAGGAUACUGCAUUGAAGAUGAUCAAAGGCUGCUAGUGUAUGAGUUCAUGCCUCGAGGGAGUUUGGAGAACCAUCUGUUUAGGAGGUCCUUGCCUCUUCCAUGGUCAAUUAGAAUGAAAAUUGCAUUAGGUGCUGCAAAAGGUCUUGCUUUUCUUCACGAGGAAGCAGAAAGACCUGUUAUAUAUCGGGAUUUUAAAACCUCCAACAUCUUAUUGGAUGCAGAUUACAAUGCCAAACUGUCUGACUUUGGACUUGCCAAAGAUGGUCCUGAGGGUGAUAAAACCCAUGUCUCCACCCGUGUGAUGGGAACUUAUGGUUAUGCAGCUCCGGAAUAUGUAAUGACUGGACAUCUUACAUCCAGGAGUGAUGUCUAUAGUUUUGGCGUGGUUUUACUUGAGAUGCUGACUGGCAGAAGAUCUAUGGACAAAAAUCGACCGAAUGGUGAACAUAACCUUGUGGAAUGGGCACGGCCACAUUUAGGCGAGAGAAGAAGAUUCUACCGAUUGAUAGACCCCCGGCUUGAAGGCCACUUUUCAAUAAAAGGUGUCCAAAAAGCUGCACAACUAGCUGCCCAUUGCCUUAGUCGAGAUCCUAAAGCCAGGCCCCUAAUGAGUGAAGUUGUUGAAGCCUUAAAGCCGCUGCCAAACCUCAAGGAUAUGGCAAGCUCAUCAUACUAUUUCCAGACCAUGCAAUCUGACCGCGUUGGGUCCAGCCCAAAUACCAGAAAUGGUGUCAGAACACAAGCAGGAUUGCUAACAAGGAAUGGGCAUCAUCAGCAGAGGAGCCUCUCAAUACCAAAUGGUUCCCAUGCUUCUCCAUAUCACCAUCAAUAUCCCCAUCAAUCACCAAAACCUAAUAGCAAACCUUAAGAUAGGGUUGGCAGCUGUCUGUAUCAUUUCCCACCCCAUUGUCAGCAAUCAUUUUCCUUUUUUAUCUUUUUCUUUUUUCCUUUUCCCUCUUCUUCGGUAUAGAUGUGUCAUCUGUUAAAGCAUUUGUUCAUGGACAACUCAAAAAGCAACAGAGAAACAUGUUUGCUUGAUGUUAUGUUUAGAGUGAUGACCUCGAAGUAAGGGCAUGUGAAGUUUAUUGAGCAAAAUGUAUCGGUUAGAAAUACCAAGACAAGAUUGUUGCCUCCCGUUACAUUAUAUCCUUUGUCAUCUUGUUCCUUCGAUGAAUACAAGUCCUUGUUUCAUGGUCA